GGGCUCGGACGUCACCGUGCGGCCGGCCGCGGGCGCCCUGGUGCGCCUCUCGGGCUGGAGCUACAGCUUUCAACCAGGCCUGCCAGCGCCAGUCUCCAACUGCACAGCCAUGGAGGCCCUGGGUACUGGGAGCGGCCGCACCUCCCCGGCCUCAGCCACUGGAAGCCUGGACUUGCGACGGCUGUCCACGCGCGCCGACUCGGCCUACAGCUCUUUCUCCGCGGCAUCUGGUGGUCCGGAGAUGCACACACCAUCCCCUGGCACCGAGAUCCUCCCUUACCUAGACUGGGACUACGUGCGCGUCGUUUGGGGUAGCAGAUCCCCUACCCCGCGGGACGCUGUCCUUCCAACUACCCAGCGGCCGGAGCCAGUAGUCGCUGGGCACAGUGACCCGCGGCCCCCAGAGGUCCAAGGAAGCCAGGGAUCCCUGAACAGACAGGACACGCCACUGCUGUACGCGUUGGCAGCCGAGGCUGAGGCUGGUGCACUCACCGCUGAGCCGCCCAGCCCCCCAGCCUCACGAGCAGCCUACCGCCAGCGGCUGCAGGGUGCGCAGCGACGAGUGCUGCGGGAGACGUCCUUCCAGCGAAAGGAGCUCCGCAUGAGCCUGCCUGGGCGUCUGCGGCCCGCGAUCACCACGCGGCCACCCACGGUGCACGCGCGCUCUGCCUCUAGCAGCCACGAGGUAGGAGAAGCGGAGCUGGCGCGCACCGCGGCCCGAGAGCUGGGUGUUCCUGGCCGGGGGCGUCUGGCCAGCCAGCAGCGGAUGUGCUGUUUCUCAGAGCCAGGCAAACUGAAUCGCGUGGGUUGGAGCGGCGGACCCACGGGUGAGGGCUUGAGAGAGGCUUGUUCCACCCAGGAGUUGCAGCGUGGGGCGCAGGCUAAGCCCAAAAGGCUGCUGCAGGAGACUCAGUCCCUAAGCUCAGUGGAGCUGGACUCGCCGUCCGUGAAUCUUCGCAGUGCCUGUAGGCCUGCGGGUCGCAGUCAGAGCAUAUCAGGCGAGGUCAUGGGUCGCCGCACGGGUUCAGAAAGGACUCUGGCCACUGUCCAGGCUGUUCCUCAAAGGACGGAAACCCCCAGACCUUUACUUCAGAUCAAGUUUUCCAGGGUCCCUGCCUCUAGGUUCUUGACUCAGAAGGAGGCGGCAGUGGUGCAUCCUGCAGAGGUCCUCCAGAGUAGCCCAGCUGACUCUGGUCAGGGGGUCCCCGAGACCAUCUCGGUGUCUACUCCGCACCCCUCCCUCCCGGAUGACGAUGUGUUCCUGGAAGAAGCUGAGACACCAUCACCUCAAGAGCCUAGUGCCCCCCAGGGGCUCCCAACCAGGGAUCUCCACGCCUCUGACCAGCGGUCUGAAAAUGACCUAAUCAAAAAAGCUGGCCAGAUUACAGCCUCGGCAGAGAGCCUCUUCCACAAGGGCCCAGCGAUCACAGGAGCGGAAGACAAUUGUCAAGGCCUGAACGGUUCUGAGGGUUCCUCCAGACCCACAAGCCAUAGCCCUCCUGGGACUACAAAUGACGUCCCAACCUUUGACACUACUGGACUGCUGACCACUGGUCCCUCUACAGCUACAAAGAACAAUCCCCUCAAGCAUCCCUCAGUCGAUGUCCUGCGACCUGUAGGCUCUGAGACCUCAGGUCUCCCUCACCACACUUCCCUGACCUGGGGCCAGCCUGGACUUAAGCCGACCUGGCCUAGUCGGCAUUUUGAGGAGCUGGUUCAGCAGCUAGCCAGACUGGAUCCUUCUUUGAGUGACACUUUUGCUGCCCAGCCGGGUCCAGAGCCUCCUCUGGGUCUGCUGGAUGGACUCUUUCCUGCCAACGCUGCCGAGGUCUUGGCUGCGAUGAGGCCAGCCUGUGAGGACGCAGGAGAGGAGACCGCUGGAGCUUCGGAGGCAGGGUCCUGUGGAAGCCCCUUCACCCAGGAACUGCCGACUGCCCAGGAAGCAUCAAGGUUGGAAAACUCUAACCCUCACCCUGUGCCUGACCAGUCAAAUGACCAGGGACUCCCAAAACCAGACAGCAUUCAGGCCAAGAAAGUGGAACUAGCCCACCUUCUCCAGAAGAUGCUCCAGGAUCUUCACACUGAGCAGGAGAGACUGCGGGGUAAGGCUGCAGACUGGACCCAAUGUCACGAAGACCUGGAGGCUGCAGUGAGUCAAGCCUGUACACCCCGGGAGCUGGAGCGAUUCCGUCAGUUCAUGACUGAUCUAGAGCGCGUGCUUGGUCUUCUGCUGCUGCUGGGCAGCCGCCUGGCCCGUGUGAACCUCGCCUUGGCCAGGGUGGGCUCAGACAGCGAUCCUGAUGAGAGGGCUUCGCUGCUGCAGCGACUGCGGCUUCUACAGCGACAGCAGGAGGACGCUAAGGAGCUGAAAGAGCACGUAGCGCGGCGGGAGCAAGCCCUUCGUCAGGUGUUGGAGCGGGAGCUGCCCGCAGAGCAUCUGCGCUCCUAUUGUGUGCUGCUGGCCGCCAAGGCCCGGAUCCUAUCCCAGCAGCGCAGCCUGGACGACCGAAUCCGGUUCCUUAAGGAACAGCUGGACACCAUCUGGAACGACUUCAGUUAUUACCCCCUUUCUCCCAGACUGUCCUGGGCCCCAGGAAUCGGUCCUCUGAAUAAGCCACUUUUUCCUGCCACCCCUAUCUAGUUACAGGUGGUGGAGGUGAGGGUAUUGUUCAGGCUCACAGUCCACUGGGGCCAUGUUUUCUAUCGAGAGAGCUUUCCCUUGAGGGAUUAGAGAGGCCUCAGACUAGGCCUUCCCAGGACACAUUUCCCACAGGGUUCUCCUGGGGCCUUACUCAAGCUUGUGAUUACUUGGGAAUUAAUGUAUGGGUCUUACAAACUGCAGUAUUCAGUAGGGCGGUGGUGGCACACCCUUAAUCCCAGCACUCCAGAGGCCCCAGAGGCAG